ACUUUGUGCCUACGAAUCAGGCAACAUUGAUUAUGUUUGCCCAUCAUUCUUAAUCACCAGAUUAAGAAGUGCAUCCUAUAUAAGGUAGGUUUUUAGUAGUUUAUUACUCUAGAUCUUCUGAAACGUCGUCUUGAAAACUAACAAAAAUGGUGCAGAUAACUGGCAAAUACCAAUUGGUGAAGAGUGAAAACUUUGCCGCCUACCUUAUUGGCAUUGGUCUCCCAGAAGACAAAUCCAAUGAGGUCGACAAGAUAAAGCCAACUUACGACAUCAAACAUGAAGGCGAUAAGAUCUGCGUUGAUGUCGACCUUAUGGCCGACCUACACGUCGAGUAUAUCCUCAAUAAAGAAAUCGAUGAGAAACUACCAUACGGUGUCGUUGUCAAGACCACCACUGUCAUGAAGGGAGAUGACACAAUCGUUAUGAGCAGUAAAACACCAAAAGGAAGAACAGGAACAAGAACCUAUACUUUCAGCGGUAACGAAGUCACCAUUAUCUACAAAGAUGACGAUCCAAAAUGCCCUGUUGCAACUCGUGUAUUCAAAAGGCUGUGAAAAGUUAAUUUGAAGAUGUGAAUCUUUGAAUAAAUAUAUUCUUUCAAUUUU